AUGACUGCAUGUUGUUCAUGGAAAGGUCUGGCAUGCAACAACCAAACAGGAAAUAUUAUCUCACUGGACUAUGGUCAUCUUCAUUCUGGUCCUAACAAUGAAUGGCAAUUGGGUGGAAAAAUUGAUGCUUCUUUGGUUGAGCUGAAGCACUUGAGCUACUUGGACUUGUGUUCUAAUGAUUUUGUCGGUUCCCAGAUCCCAGACUUCAUUGGUUCAAUCACUACUUUGAGUUAUCUCAAGUUGUCCAAUGCUGGAUUCCACGGAGAGAUUCCUUCUCAGCUUGGGAACCUUACAAACUCGAGUAUCUUUGACAUGAGUAGAGUGAACCUUGCCAAUGAUGUUGAUGUGUUUGACGCAUUGACUACGCUGUCUUCACUUUCUAGAAUCCCUGCUUCUUUGCCUUCUGUUAGUAAUUUCACGUCUCUUGCUACUAUUGUUCUUGAUGGUAAUCAAAUCAAUGCCACUUUUCCUUCUUGGUUUUUCAAUAUCAGCAGUCUUAAAAAUGCUUAUCUUCUCUUCAAUAGUUUUCAUGGUGUGAUUCCUGACUCUUUUGAACAACUGGUAUGUCUUGAGGCGUUUGAGAUUGGAGUGAAUUCUUUUUCUGUGAGUAUUCAUGGAACUAUGAGAAAUCUUUGCAGUUUCCACACUCUAGACCUGUCUACAAACAAGAUUGAAGGUGAGGCAAAAACACUUGCAGAAAUUCUCUCUGGGUGUGUCAUUGAGAGCAUUAAGGCAUUGAACUUGAGAGGCAAUAAAUUUAGAGGUAAUGUAUCAGAUUGGAUAGGAAUGCUGAGAAGAAUAAUUCUGCUUGAUUUGAGCAAAAUCCUGUUCUAUGGCUCAAUUCAGCUACAAGUGUUUGACAUGUCUUUCAAUCAGAUUGAAGGUGUUGUCUCUGAAGCUCAUUUUUCCAACCUCACAAACUUGAAACAAUUGAGCAUAUCUUCAAAAUCUCUGACAUUUAAUAUGAGCUCUGAAUGGAUUCCUCCAUUUAAGCUAGAAGUUUUCAGUUUUAAGUCUUGCAUGUUAGGACCUAAGUUUCCUGCAUGGCUGAGAACACAGAGAAACUACUCACUCAUGGGCUUGUCAAGCACUGGAAUUUCCGACACGAUGCCUGACUGGUUUUGGACACUUACUGGUGAUACUGUCAUUUUGGACCUCUCUGAUAACAUGAUCACUGGCAUGAUCCCAUCUUCCUUGAAGUUUAUCACCAUUUAUUUAGCGUCUCUCACAGUGAUCAAUCUUGGAAAAAACAAUUUAUCCGGAGAAAUCCCUGACAAACUGGAUUCUUUAAGGUCUCUUCAAGCAUUGCAUCUGGGAAACAACAGCAUCUCCGGGAGAAUACCAACAUCUUUAAGAGCUUGCAAGGUAUUGUUGAUCCUUGAUCUUGGAGGUAACCAACUGUCCGGUAACAUACCAUCAUGGAUAGGAGAAGCAUUGCCUUCACUGAGAAUUCUUCGGCUCUGGUCUAACAUUUUUGAAGGCCACAUUCCUGAAGAACUUUCUUAUCUAACCUCUCUUCAAAUUCUCGACCUUGGAGAUAACAACCUGUCAGUCGACAUCAGGAAUCUUCAGUUUCGGGAAUCUCUUGAUUUGUCAAGAAAUGAACUUUCAGGUGCAAUUCCUGCAAAAUUCCAUCCGGUAAUUAAUCAGCUUCAGACUAUUAAUGAACAAUCCAUGUAUAUCGGCAAUGACAACCUUUGCGGACCACCUUUGAAUGUAAAAUGUGACAGUGACGACAAUCAAAUAGUAGAAGAAGGCUCAACAAGGUGCGGUGACUGCGAAGAGGACUAUGAGUAUGAAAUGCUGUGGUGGUACAUUGGCAUCGUUUUUGCUUAUAUUGUAGGAUUUUGGGCAGUUUAUGGCACUUUACUUUACAAUGACUAUUGGAGGGAUGCCUAUUUUCACUUCCUUGAGAAACUUGGUGCGGCUAUUGCAAUGAAAUGUCGAGUAAAAAAUGAUGAUAGCAUUGAAUAG